AUGACCCGGAGACGACCUUGCGUUCUGCGUCUCUCCGAACGAGCGAUGUCUGGCCGCGCGCUGUUCGCCUGUGAGCGGCGUAGUGUCUUGCCUCGCGGCAUUCUGCCUGUACCAUACAGCGGCGAUUGGUCGCUCCUCUUCGUCACCAUGUUAAUACUUACUAGUCAGAAGGAUCGUUCCGUCAUCGACCGAAUCGGCACUGCUCUACGUGUUGCCCAGGAAGGAGCCUUUAGCCCGACCCUCACCGAAUCUCCCGAACCUCCCACCUCACCGAGCCAUCUGAAACGGACUGCUGCUUCUAUUGAGUCCACUAGCAACUACAAGAAGGUCCGCUUCGAAGCCGAGACCGAAGACGAUCUUUCUGACUCCGACAGUAGCUCGCUGCAGUGUGCUACUGAGGAAACCACCAGCACCGGCUCUGUCAGCCCGCAUCUCAAUUCUGCCAGUUCUGUUUGUCUCGAUGACGUAUUCUGCUCGGUUCCCGGCCGACUAUCGCUUCUUAGCAGCACAUGCAAAUACAAGGUUACUCUUGCUGAGAUCCAGAGACGACUGUCUCCUCCAGAAAAUCUGAACGCCUCAAUCCUUGGAGGGAUCUUGAGGAGAGCAAAAUCCAAGAAUGGUGGCAAAGAGCUGAGGGAUAUGCUGGACAAGAUGGGCUUGAGCCUACCAGUGGGUCGCCGCAAGUCAGCGACCGUCACGCUGCUCACCUCACUCGUUGAAGGUGAAGCCACACAUCUAGCUCGAGACUUCGCUUUUAUCACUGAGACAGAAUUCCCUGCCGCAAGCCUAGCUGCUCAUGUCACCGAACAACAUCGAACCAACAAUGAAAACUUACAAAAACGCAAGGAGUGCCUAAUAAAUGCUGUGCAGAUACUACAGGAGUUCGUGGACUUGCUAAGCUCCUCCUCUUCGAAUGAGGUUGCAGCGCCCGAAUCUGUACAGGCAGAUCUUCGGCACUUUAGCUUGUGUACGCAUGGAUUUGGGGCUCCGGCCAUGAUCGCUUCCAUGCAAGCUUGUCUCAAGUACGUAAAGGCAUCAAUGGAGAAUCUCACACCCUUGAACAUGGUCCCAUCGCUGGAUCCGGACGAAAUUGACUUCGCCGCUUUAUAUCAGAAAAUGCAGAUGAAGGGUGUCAAUUCAAGUGUUAUCAGGAGCGUUCUCAAUACGCCAGCUAUGUUCAAUAUCCCUCAGUAG